GAAGCUACAACCACGACGACAGAAGAACCGUCCACCACCACAACCGAAGGAACUACUACAACUGAAGCUACAACCACGACGACAGAGGAACCAUCCACCACCACUACCGAAGGAACUACGACUACAACUGAAGCUACAACCACGACGACAGAGGAACCGUCCACCACCACAACCGAAGGAACUACGACUACAACUGAAGCUACAACCACGACGACAGAGGAACCGUCCACCACCACAACCGAAGGAACUACGACUACAACUGAAGCUACAACCACGACGACAGAGGAACCGUCCACCACCACAACCGAAGGAACUACGACUACAACUGAAGCUACAACCACGACGACAGAGGAACCGUCCACCACAACCGAAGGAACUACGACUACAACUGAAGCUACAACCACGACGACAGAAGAACCGUCCACCACCACAACCGAAGGAACUACGACUACAACUGAAGCUACAACCACGACGACAGAGGAACCGUCCACCACCACAACCGAAGGAACUACGACUACAACUGAAGCUGAACCGUCCACCACCACAACCGAACGAACUACGACUACAACUGAAGCUACAACCACGACGACAGAGGAACCGUCCACCACCACUACCGAAGGAACUACGACUACAACUGAAGCUACAACCACGACGACAGAGGAACCGUCCACCACCACAACCGAAGGAACUACAACUACAACUGAAGCUACAACCACGACGACAGAGGAACCAUCCACCACCACUACCGAAGGAACUACGACUACAACUGAAGCUACAACCACGACGACAGAGGAACCGUCCACCACCACAACCGAAGGAACUACGACUACAACUGAAGCUACAACCACGACGACAGAGGAACCGUCCACCACCACAACCGAAGGAACUACGACUACAACUGAAGCUACAACCACGACGACAGAGGAACCGUCCACCACCACAACCGAAGGAACUACGACUACAACUGAAGCUACAACCACGACGACAGAGGAACCGUCCACCACCACAACCGAAGGAACUACGACUACAACUGAAGCUACAACCACGACGACAGAAGAACCGUCCACCACCACAACCGAAGGAACUACUACAACUGAAGCUACAACCACGACGACAGAGGAACCAUCCACCACCACUACCGAAGGAACUACGACUACAACUGAAGCUACAACCACGACGACAGAGGAACCGUCCACCACCACAACCGAAGGAACUACGACUACAACUGAAGCUACAACUACGACGACAGAGGAACCGUCCACCACCACAACCGAAGGAACUACGACUACAACUGAAGCUACAACCACGACGACAGAGGAACCGUCCACCACCACAACCGAAGGAACUACGACUACAACUGAAGCUACAACCACGACGACAGAGGAACCGUCCACCACCACAACCGAAGGAACUACGACUACAACUGAAGCUACAACCACGACGACA